CCCCGGCCGCCACAGCCCCGCGGAGCCGCAGCCGCCCCGUCGCCGUGCGCCCCCGGAGCCCGCCCCCGACUCCGCCCGGGUGGCCUCUGUCUCGGCCUCUAGGGGCGCCCCCUCCACGUGCGGGUCUGCCGGGCUGCACGCCGCUGGCUCCGAGGAAGAAGGGUCUCCUUCUCAUGUUCUGAUCUCUGUCAGCAGACACCUGCAUUUGCCACGAUGCUCUCAGCCAAUGACUUUGCAUCUGCUUCUUGGGAGCUCGUGGUCCGAGUGGACCAUCCAGAUGAAGAGGAGCAGAGGGACGUCACUCUGAGAGUGUCCGGAGACCUGCACAUUGGGGGAGUGAUGCUCAAGUUAGUAGAACAGAUCAACAUAGCCCAAGACUGGUCAGACUUUGCCCUUUGGUGGGAACAAAAGUGUUGCUGGCUCCUGAAAACGCACUGGACCCUGGACAAAUGCGGAGUCCAGGCAGAUGCAAAGCUUGUCUUCACCCCUCAGCACAAAAUGCUUCGCCUGCGCCUGCCCAACGUGAAGACGGUGAGAUUGCGAGUCAGCUUCUCGGCUGUGGUGUUUAAAGCGGUCAGUGAUAUCUGCAAAGCCCUGAAUAUUAGGAGACCAGAAGAACUUUCCUUGUUGAAACCUUCUAGUGACUAUUUUAAAAAGAAGAAGAAGAAAGACAAGAAUAAUAAGGAGCCCUUAAUUGAAGAUGUUUUAAACCUGGAGAGUUCUCCAACAACUUCUGGGCCACCAGUAAGUCCCGGCUUGUACAGUAAAACCAUGACUCCCACGUAUGACCCCGUCAACGGAACGCCGGUGUCAUCCACCAUGACGUGGUUCAGUGACAGCCCUUUGACCGAACAAAACUGCAACAUCCUCGCCUUCAGCCAACCCCCACGGUCCCCGGAGGCGCUGGCUGAGAUGUACCAGUCUCGGUCUCUGGUCGAUAAAACCAAGCUUAACGCAGGUUGGCUGGACUCCUCACGUUCCCUCAUGGAGCAGGGCAUCCAGGAGGAUGAGCAGCUGCUGUUACGAUUUAAAUACUACACCUUCUUUGACUUGAAUCCCAAAUACGAUGCUGUCCGAAUAAACCAGCUCUAUGAACAAGCCAGGUGGGCCAUUGUCUUAGAAGAAAUUGACUGCACAGAGGAAGAAAUGUUGAUCUUUGCAGCACUGCAGUAUCACAUCAGCAAAUUGUCGUCGUCCGCUGAAAUACAGGACUUCACAAGUGAGUCUGAGGUCGAUGAAGUGGAAGCAGCACUUUCUAAUUUGGAAGUGACUCUAGAAGGUGGAAAAGCGGACAACGCUUUGGAGGACAUCACUGAUAUCCCUAAACUUGCAGAUAAUCUCAAAUUAUUUAGGCCCAAGAAGCUAAUAUUAAAAGCUUUCAAACAAUAUUGGUUCGUCUUUAAAGACACGUCUAUCACCUACUUUAAACACAAGGAACUUGAAGAAGGAGAACCGGUAGAAAAGUUAAAUCUUAGAGGCUGUGAAGUUGUGCCAGAUGUGAAUGUAGCAGGAAGAAAAUUUGGAAUCAAGUUACUAAUCCCUGUUGCUGAUGGUAUGAAUGAAGUGUAUCUGAGAUGUGACCAUGAGAAUCAAUAUGCCCAGUGGAUGGCUGCCUGUAUCUUGGCAUCGAAGGGCAAAACCAUGGCAGAUAGCUCCUACCAGCCAGAAGUCCUCAACAUUCUUUCAUUUCUGAGGAUGAAAAACCGGAACUCAGCGUCUUCCUUAGCCUCCAGUCCUGAAAACAUGGACAUGAACCCGGAAUGUUUUGUGUCUCCCCGGUGUGCAAAAAAACACAAGUCUAAACAGCUGGCAGCUCGAAUUAUGGAGGCCCACCAGAACGUGGCCCAGAUGUCCCUGGUUGAAGCCAAGCUGCGGUUCAUUCAGGCAUGGCAGUCUCUACCCGAAUUCGGCCUCACCUAUUACCUUGUCAGGUUUAAAGGAAGCAAGAAAGAUGACAUCCUGGGAGUUUCAUAUAAUAGGCUGAUUAGAAUCGAUGCAGCCACUGGGGUCCCAAUUACAACAUGGAGAUUUGCCAACAUGAAACAGUGGAAUGUAAAUUGGGAAAUCCGGCAGGUGGCGAUCGAGUUUGACCAGAACGUCUCCAUUGCGUUCACCUGCCUGAGUGCAGAUUGCAAGGUGGUGCACGAAUACAUCGGUGGCUACAUUUUCCUGUCCACCCGCUCCAAGGGCCAGAAUGAAACACUAGACGAGGACCUGUUCCACAAGUUGACCGGCGGUCAGGAAUGAAGCAAAGCCGGCCUGCUGUGCAUACACACCGAGGGCGAGCCAAAGGCGGUCCUCCCCGGACGGUGGGAUCCGUGGCUUGCACUGUGUAUAGAUUCCAGACUGACAGACAACGUCUAUUCACCACCAGUCACUCAGAUCCUGACCUCGUUUCAAACACAGUGCCUAGCACCACCCCACCCCCCAACUUUGCUUGCUUUGCCCUGUGCUAUGAGCAGUGGGAGGAGCCUCAGUUGCCUUUUCUGUAAAAUGGGAGGGUGAGAGAAAGGGUAGCAAUCUAAGAUUACUCUAAGGCCCAGCCUAUAGCUUCAGCUCUGUGCCUUACAGAACCUGCAAGUGAGUGGCCAGAAGUUGUUCCUGUGCUUAUCUGCUCCAUCGCUAAGUCAGGGUAGAAAGCAAACUUUAAAAGCACGUGUAGCAAGAGCAAAUCUAUCCCACAAACUCAGGUGUGAAAGGAAAUAGGUCGUCCUGCUUUUAGCUCCCAUCUUGGGGUGGAGGAAAUCCACACAUACACAUUUUCCAUGAAGGUCAAGGCAUGGAGGGGAUGGGGGAUGGGAGUAGGAUUUCUGAUACCAGUUGGUGACAAGGGGUCAAAAUAGUGGCCCUCAGUCCACAGUGACUUCUGCCAAGGUGACCACUGACCCAUCUGGUUUGGACAUUGGUCCUCUCAGAUUACUGCUGUGUCCCACAAGUCCCAUUCCAAUCUAAGGCUCCCUCGACCACCUCUAUGUCCUUGAUGACAUGGGUGACGGGUACAGGGAACCUAUUCCUCAACUCGGCCCCAUGUCCCCACUGCUUCUACUCUGGGUUGAGGCUCAGGAAGACAGGCCCAAAUCUCUCUGUUCAUAAGCCACCUCCCCACAUUCGGGCUUCCAGUGAGGUCCCCACACACCUGGUCACAGAGAAGGGCGGGACACAGGCCUGGCCACUGGCUUCCACCUGCACAGCUUUUCUGGUCUUGGGGGCAGGGGAGCCUUGCCCUUGUCAUUCACAGUGUCCUCCUGGAUUUGGUGUCUGUUUGUAUGACUCUGGCCUUUCCCCUUAAGGGCCGUGGCUUUCUUAAAUCAAAAGCCAAUUAUAGACUUCUUUUCUCUCUCCUUAAGAAAUGAGUGUAGGCCCAUUAACAGCUGCCUCAGUUGUCAUUUUCUGGUUUGGUUUGUCAGCACUGGGAGAAGUGGGUUUUGAGAAGGUAAAAAGCAAUACCAAGGGGAGAGGGAAAUAUCAGGUAGUAUUUUAUUAGUUUUCUGUAACGUUCUUCAGUCACACAAAGGACUUGGGUUGCCAACAGAAGGCAGAGGCUCCGUUUCCAUUUUGAAAUUCGCUAAGAUGCUCACUCCAGAGGGCCUGGCCAGAGUUCAGAUACCAGAAUAUAUCAGCCAGCUAUUGCUGUAUUUCCCAGCACAACCUUUUUUUAUUAUUAUUUUCAGAGAGGAAGGUAGAGAUAGAAACAUCAAUGAUGAGACCUAGCCCGCAACCCAGGCAUAUGCCCUGACCUGGAAUGGAACCACGGACCUCCUGGUUCAUAGGUCAAUGCUCAACCACUGAGCCAUGGCAGCAGGAUGCCACUACAGCCAUUUGAAAAGAGAUGUACAGGAUUCCAGGAGCCACAGUGAGACAGCCUUGGAUAGGGAACACCAGUCCUGUCACUGGAAAUUCAGCCUCUCUUUAGAGAGGAACGGGAAUGAGCACCAUCUGAAGGCUUCUGCUCUGGGGCCAUCUCCUGCCAAGCAGCUUCUUUCUCAUCUCUGAGGGCUGCCUGCAAAGCUCCGAGGUGGCUUAGGUGCUUAAAAAGAACUUCAUUUGAAAUGUUUUCUAUACAAACGCGUGCUGUGUUACGCUUGGUGUAGGUCAUUUCUGGAGAGUCCUGGGCUCUAUUAUUUUAGAACUUAGAGAGGUCUUUAAGAUGAUGGUGGGCCCUACAUUAAGAGAAUGCUCCUUGCCCUGGCCGGUUUGGCUCAGUGGAUGGAGUGUCAGCCUGCAGACUGAAGGGUCUCGCGUUUGAAUUCCGACAAGGGCACGUACCUUGGUUGCAGGCUCAACCCCUGGCCAAGGUUGGGACACAUGUGGCAGGCAAGCAGUCGAUGUGUCUCUCUCACGUUGAUGUUUCUCUGUGCCUCCCCCUGCCUUCCACUCUCUCUCUCUGACAGUCAAUGGAAAAAAUAACCUCGGGAGAGGAUUAACAAAAAAAAUAAAAAGAAAAGAAUGCUCCUUGAUGUGACAUGUCACCUGCCUGCAGCCCAGGGCAGCUCUGCCUCACUUACCAAGGCCAGACCUGCAGUACAGCCCUCUUCCUUAGCUCCCCAGGCUUGUCAGACAUUGCCAUGGAAACGCUGAAAGAACCUGUUUCAACCAAACUUUCGGGGAACAUUUCUCCCACGAUUACACAGCCACAUCCUAAAGGAAUAACCAAGUGUGACAUGAAAACCUUAAAUGCUGCUGCUAUUCCAAAGAGGACAUCCCCCCCCCCCGCUUUGGGCACAAAACGUCAUCUGACUGCUUAUGACAAAACGUUAAAUUAAUGUGUGCCUUUCAACUCCGUUUGCUUUCUUAUCUACACUACAUUGGGAAAUCUGCCCUUGUUUUUAUGACUUUUCUAAUUAAAUGGUUUAUAUGGAUUUGA